AUGGCGGGUGAGAGGCUGAAUCUCCAGAAGACAGGGAACGGCAAACAAACGGUGGUCGUGAAGAGGCUGAGUGACUGGUUCAAGGGCCAGACUCGUUCAGUUGCUAAGUCGUGUCCGACUCUUUGCGCCCCCGUGGACCACAACACACGAGGGUUCCCUGUCCUGCGCUAUCUCCCAGUUUGCUCAAAUUCAUGUCUGUCAGUAAUGCUACCUAACCAUCUCAUUCUCUGCCACCCUCUUCUCCUUUUGCCUUCAAUCUUUCCCAGCAUCAGGGUCUUUUCCAGUGAGUCGGAAGGACUCAUUGGAAGGACUGAUGCUUAA